UAAAAUUAAUUUAUAAACACAGUGUUGAACGCUUAACAAUGACAACUGCCGAUAAACAUAUUCAAAACUUAGCAAAAACUCUUCUAGUUGAAGAGGAGACAAGAAGCUAUCUUGAAAAGGAUUUCGAAAUAAUAAGAGCUUAUGUCAUAGACUUAUUGUUAAAAGAUCCAAUAAUCGGCAAAAUGCUAAUAAAUACAAACUAUCCUGCUAGUAACUUUAACUGUUCGUUGGUAUUGGAUCUAUCACACUUGAUAACACUUGGUGCAAUUAAAACGAAAUACCCAUCGUUCAUUCGAUUAGUUCAACGUGGACGAAAUAGAGUAGAUGGCACGGAGAAAUUGCCAUUCUUUAGUAAUGGCGAAAAUAUUGCUGGUGGUGUUAUAACGAAUAUCGUAAAGGGACUUUUAAAACAGGGUUUAGAUUUUAGUGGUUAUUUUGUGCGUGGUCACUUGGGCGAUAUUUACGAACUGGAUUUUAAUUAUGAAAAUAAAAACUUAAGUAACCAGAAUUAUGAUGGCAAAGACGGUGAAUGGCAAAAUAAUUAUAUCAUGCUGAAAGCGUGUAGCGAAGAGAUUACACUGAAUAUACGUUUACGUGUUUUAAUAAAAUUUUGCAGCAACGAAAGUCCUAAUGAUUUGUUGCCACAUCCGACGCACAAUUUAAAAAUGGUUUGGUUAGCCGCUGCCGAUGUACGUUAUAUGGAAUACUUUUCGUUGUGCGCACCAUUAAGUGAACGCGAAUUGGCUUCUUCACCAAACAAUUUGAUCGCAUUGCGUCUAUUACACUCACUGAUGGUUGGCAGUAAAAUAUAUGUAAUAAAGAAAAAUCAUUUGGAAUCGAUUACCUAUGAAUUGAUAUAUACGAAAGCACCUAAAAUUACACAUAAACCAAAGCAGACUGUGCUUGAUAUUUUAAUUGCAAGUUUACGACGCAUAUUAUAUUAUUUGGACAAAAAUCGUUUUCCGUACUAUUGGGACACUAAAGAAAAUCUAUUGUUUCUCAUACGAAACCAUGAUAGACUAUCGUAUACACACAGGUGUUUGCGUACAUUAUUGACUAAUAUAAGCAGCAUGCGUAGUAAUACCGGAGUGACAUAUGAAGAGGUUGAAUCAUUUUUCGGUGUACAAACUAACGCAUAUGUGUACAAUGUGGAUGAUUUUGGUGUUUACAGACAUUUUUCUAACAUUGCGUAAAUGAUUAAUUUACGCUAACAUUGAAUUUUUGAAACCUGAAAUAUUUCGUUUCGAUUUUAAGCAUUUUAAUUUUUUGUAGUA